GAGCAGUCAAACCAACCUCUCCCGUAACCUUUUCAGCCCAUAAAACCAUUGUUACCUCGAGAGCAAAUUAAGAACCAAACUAACAUUUUGAACACGCAAAUAUUAUCCUCUCAAGAUAGAAAAAUAACAGAACACCAAAAACCCAAGCAAAAGAAAACCCCUAUGGAUUCAGUUGUUUCGGAGCUCGAGGGAACUCUUCUGAAAGGCCGAGACCCCUUCUCUUAUUUCAUGCUAGUAGCAUUUGAGGCAUCGGGUUUUCUUCGUUUUGCCUUUUUGUUGAUCUUAUGGCCUGUGAUUUGGUUACUGGAUAUGUUAGGGAUGGGAGAAUAUGGGCUCAAGCUAAUGGUCUUUGCUGCCAUUGCGGGUGUUAGUGAAUCGGAGAUUGAGUCGGUUGCAAGAGCAGUUUUGCCAAAGUUUUACUUGGAUGAUCUUGACAUGGAAGCAUGGAAGGUGUUUAGCUCAUAUGAUAAAAGAGUUGUAGUGACUAAGAUGCCAAGGAUCAUGGUUGAGAGGUUUGUGAAGGAGCAUUUGCGAGCCGAUGAGGUUAUUGGAAGUGAACUUGUGAUUAGCCGGUUUGGGUUCGCCACAGGAUUUGUUAAGGGCAACAUUAUUGAUUCUUAUAUUUCGAGUCGAGUCGCCAAACUGUUUAUUGACGAAAAACCUUGUCUUGGACUAGGAAGGGUUACUUCUUCAUUCCUAUCUUUAUGCAAGGAACAAAUACACCCCCCAUGCAUGACCGAUCAAAAGCAGCAUGAUCAUCAGCUCGUCCGUCCUCUCCCGGUCAUCUUUCAUGAUGGCCGCCUAGUCAAGCGUCCGACACCGUCCACGGCUCUCCUAAUCAUCCUAUGGAUGCCUAUAGGCAUCGUCCUCGCAGCAGUUCGAAUUCUAGUGGGAAUUAUGCUACCGAUGUGGGCUAAACCUUACUUGUCCAAGAUGUUGGGUGGCAAAGUUAUUGUGAAAGGCAAACCACCACCUCCCGCGUCCAGUGGCAAUAGCGGCGUGCUGUUUGUUUGCACCCACCGAACCCUGAUGGACCCUGUCGUCUUAUCUUCGGUGCUAAGACGUAAAAUCCCAGCAGUCACAUACUCCAUUUCAAGAUUAUCAGAGCUCUUAUCGCCAAUCCCCACCGUCCGAUUAACAAGGAUUCGCGAUGUGGAUGCUGAUCAAAUCAAACGAGAACUGGCCAGAGGUGACCUUGUGGUUUGUCCAGAAGGAACAACUUGUAGAGAACCAUUCCUAUUGAGAUUUAGUGCACUUUUUGCUGAGUUAACUGACCAAAUAGUGCCAGUGGCAAUGAACUAUAGGGUUGGUUUUUUCCAUGCAACUACAGCUAGAGGAUGCAAAGCUUUGGACCCAAUAUUCUUCUUCAUGAAUCCUAGACCAGUUUACGAGGUGACUUUCUUGAGUCAGUUGCCGGUAGAAGCUACGUGCUCAUCUGGUAAAAGCCCACAUGAUGUUGCAAAUUAUGUCCAAAGAAUCUUAGCAGCUACGUUAGGAUUUGAAUGCACAAACUUCACCAGGAAGGACAAAUACAGGGUUCUUGCUGGGAAUGAUGGAACCGUAUCGCACACCUCCUUUGCUAAUCAACUUAAGAAGGUGGUGAGCACGUUCAAGCCCUUUUUUCACUAGCUAUGAUGACAUAUGAGAAUAAGAUUUGUCUUGUAUUUCUGCUUGAAUUCAUCUCUGGUUUCAUGUAUUCUUUUCUUUCUAUUUUUAAUUAUUGUUUAAUUUGUAAUUGUUGAA